UUAUAUUUUUCUAUUGUUUAGAAAAUUGAAUUUAAAAUGGCUGACGGGGGAUGGAGUUCUAGACGUGGACCAGUGAAGGACGAAUCAAGUGAGAAAACAAAGCAUAGAGAAGUUAAAGGAAAAGAUAUUGCAACACAAAACCAUGAUAAACCAUUGGUUAGAAGAGAAAGAAUGAAAGCUAGUGAGGCUCGUAAUCCGGAGAAAAUAAACGGACAGAAUUUGAUGAAAACUAAAGAAAACAGCAACAAGGAUAAUCCUUGGUCCCAGUCUAGUGAUAGAAAAGAAGGAAUAUCGUUUGCCGAGAUGUUGAAGAGGAAUUAUCCAUCAAUUGAGAAACCGGUUUUAACUCCUGACAGUUCUAGGUCUAAACUAGCUACGGGAUCCAGGCCCAAGAGAUUGAACAAUGAUAGAUCAGUAAAUAAACCACGCAGUCACACCAACAGAAUAUCGGCAGAUUCCUUUGCACGAAUCGGACAGACUACGAAUGAUGAGAUGUAUGUGAUGGGGUCGGCGGAGAAUGAUGGGUCGGAGAGAGACCGCAGGGGCGGCGAUAAAACUCAGAAGCCUGCAGAGUUAGAGGUUGAGUUUGUAGCUGGUGCUCUGGAGCCAGAUGAUGUUCUUAUAGAGUUUGUAGAAUCUAAACCUGUAGACAGAACUCUUAAUAAAAUAUCAUUCCUCACAUACAGUGGAGCAGCUAAGAAGAAUGCUGCAACUUAUGUGAUGAGUGAACGUCCCUCUUCCUGGAGUAAAAUAGUCGGUAAGCGACAAGGAGACGAAAUAAAUAUCGUUUUUGGCCCAAAUUGGAAUCCUAUCCUUAAUCCUUCUCUUACUUUUCAAAAACUUUUGAUUUAUUUUCAACAAGGACCUGUAGUUUUGAAACAUCUAUAA